AUGGAGGUACCAUCACAGCGACCUCCAUCUAGAGCUUCAACUCGCACACGACUUACCCAGGCACUGGGCUUACAGGUGCCCAAGGCCCGGGGAGCUGGUAGGUCGGGCCCACGCCGCCGAACGGGGUGCUUAACAUGCAGGGCCCGGAAAGUGCGCUGCGACGAAACAAAGCCAAGCUGCUCGAACUGCGAUCGACUGCGACUGCAUUGCGUUUACAAACCCCCUAUCGCCCUCGGCGAGUCGUGGACUUCACCUCCUCCACAAUCCAACGAUAACUUUUCCUCUGCGGCGCAUCCUGUACCCCAGACUUCCCCGUCGCCCGCCAUAAGCACUUUGUCAGCAUCAGCAUCGGCCGCCGCCGCUGUCGCUGCAGCUGCGAAUGAGUCACAUCGAUCGCCAGAUUUGAACUUCUUCAAUACUGUGCUUCGCUCGGACGAUCGCCAUCGGACGAUUCCAGCGCUAGCUGCGCCGAUUCGACGACUGCCCACAGAUUCAGAACCAUAUCCGGAGCUCGGAGGACCCUUUGAUAUGCUUGGUUUUAUGGGAGGUAUAACAUCUGAGCUGGAACAAAAACACCUCGAUUUGACCAGUGGGCUUGCUGGGUUCGCCUCUAGUCCAACCCCACAAACGUUACCAGCAGGUGCUGGUGGAAACACUGGAGAAGAUGGACAGUUUGCAGACAGGCCUUCGACACUCAGUCCAGAUGCACAGUCCUUGUUGGCUGAUGGCAUGUCCAUCGGUAGCGCUUCUGAUGCGGCGACCACGCGCGGCAGCUGGUCUGACCCUGGCACCACCUCGUAUGAGGAGCAACUACUCCAGCAUUUCUUGGCAAGUGAUCCACCAGCAGGACUAUUUGCGCCGGUUUCUAUGGAGUGGAAAUAUGUACGACCAGCGGUGCUGGCGUAUAGCCGAGACUUUAGUCCACUUUUGAAUGCGUUGUACUGUUAUGCAGACAUCCACAAGGCGGCUACUGAAGGAGGGAAACGAUGGCGCUGGGCGCCUACAUAUUAUCGAGUAGCGAGCUCAGAAAUUCAAGCAUGCCUGCUUGGGGAUGUGUCUGAGCCAACCUUGAUCAAAAUCUUCGCGACAGUCUUUUUCCUAAUGUUAUCUGAACUUUUCUCAUCCCCCGAAUUAUGUGCUCCAGGCACCUCAUACCUCCACUCAGCUUACCUUCUAUUGCAACGGUUCGAUAACCGGACAAGGAUUUGGACGGGUCUCGGUUUUUUAAUGGUGUCGUGGAUUUCGCUGCUGGAUGUGAAAUCAUUAAUCGCAGGGCGUGAAGGUGACCCUUUAGUUGAACUGGGCAACAUUUCCGAGCAGGGAGUAAACUACAAGUCACAAGGCGCACAAGGCGCGCGCAUCCCUCGAAUGGCCUCAAACGAGGAACAAAAAGAGGACGAUGGAGCAGAAGAGCACUUCCGCAGUCCAAGCUAUCUAGUCUACGAAGCGAUUGUGGGCCCCGCAUUCCGUUUCUUUGUGCAAGCGCAACAAGUCGUACGGCGUAUUGUCUCCAUCGACCUACACCACCGCAGUCGUGGAACACUCAGCGAUGAAUUUGAGGUCCUCCAGAUCGCACAUAAAGUCGGUGCAGACCUCGAAACCCUUUGGCACCGCAGGCCAUCCGUGAUUGAUGUAUAUGGGCAUCCAGAAGCAUUAACAGACACACUAUGUGCACCUGUAGCUCUCAACAUUUGCCGCACAUUCCGACAGUAUGUAGCCAGCUUCCUGGCCAACUUCAUAUAUCUACACCGCGUUGCAUUCGCCAUCUACCCACGCACUGAUCGUGUCAAUGGCGCCGUCAACCAAAUCAUACAGCUAGCGACCGUUGAGUCUGCCGGUGCUGAAGAUGACCGUCUCCCUGUCAGUUUUCUCUGGCCGUUAUUCAUUGCAGGCCUGGAAGGCUCUAUCGAACAACGGCAGUGGGUCUUUCAGGAGAUGCAACGUAUGGCAUCUGCUCGGGAGAAUGAACCCGCCACAUCGCUUGGACGUCAUCCGGCUGCUGAUCAAGUUCUUCUAUUGCUGGAAGAAAUGACGCGGCGGCAGGAUGCGUCGCGUACUUGGGCGGACUCACGGUGUGUGCGGCGAGAGCUGUUCGCGGACUUUUUUAUUCUGAUUUGA